CUUUCCUUACUGAGGAGUUGGCAACACUGCACAAUAUUUGCGCGGUCACUUGGCUUUCUUGUCAAUAUAAUGGAUCAUCACUGAUGAAACUCAGAACUGUGCAAACAAUUGCACAACACAACUUCUAUCCACUUUUUGCAGUAGAAGGCUAUGACCCGGUACAGCAUAAAGCUUUCCGAUAUCAGAUUUUCUGUUAACUCUGUAGGCGAUCAUUGUCCUCGACUCUACUGAAGAUGGAUGUACUUCAUAUUUUGCAGACAAACUUUGUGUCUAUUAUAAUCGGAUUUGUCGUUAUUUUAUUGUGGAUGAAUCGAGGCAAACAAAGCAACUCACGUUUGCCUCCUGGUCCUGCACCGAUUCCUCUGCUUGGUAACUUGUUACGAAUGGAUGUGAAAGCGCCAUACAAGCUCUACAUGCAGCUCAGUAAGAAGUAUGGCUCAGUGUUUACUGUAUGGCUGGGCUCCAAACCUGUAGUGGUGAUCUCUGGCUUUCAGGCUAUCAAGGAUGCUUUUGUCACACAAGGAGAAGAGUUCAGCGGCAGAGCCAACUACCCCGUGAUCAUGACAGUCUCUAAAGGAUAUGGGGUGUUGGUGAGCAGUGGGAAGAGAUCAAAAGAUCUUCGCAGGUUUUCGCUAAUGACCCUUAAAACCUUUGGGAUGGGGCGCAGGAGCAUCGAAGAACGUGUCCAAGAAGAGGCUAAGAUGCUGGUGAAAGCCUUCGGUGAAUAUAGAGAUUCAGUUGUCAAUCCCAAAGAAUUGCUUUGCAAUUGUGUUGGCAAUGUGAUCUGCUCCAUAGUCUUUGGGCACAGGUUUGAAAAUGACGACCCAAUGUUUCAGCUCAUCCAAAAGGCUGUUGAUGCCUACUUCCAUGUACUCAGCAGCCCUAUUGGAGCGAUGUACAACAUGUUCCCUAGAAUCGUUUGGUGCUUUCCAGGCAAUCACCAUGAGAUGUUUGCUAUCGUAAACAAGGCCAAAGCUUACAUACAAGGGCAAGCAGAAAUCCGUCUUAAAACCCUUAACAUCUCUGAACCUCAGGACUUCAUCGAGGCCUUCCUGGUUAAAAUGCUGGAGGAGAAAGAUGAUCCCAACACUGAGUUCAACAAUGAUAAUAUGGUGAUGACUGCAUGGAGCCUGUUUGCUGCUGGAACAGAAACCACAUCAUCCACCCUAAGACAAUCAUUUCUGAUGAUGAUAAAGUACCCUCACAUUCAAGAGAGUGUUCAGAAGGAGAUAGAUGAGGUGAUUGGCUCAAGAGUGCCCACGGUUGACGACAGAGUUAAAAUGCCCUACACGGAUGCUGUCAUUCACGAAGUCCAGCGAUACAUGGACCUCAGUCCCACCUCUGUACCCCACAAAGUGAUCAGAGAUACAGAGUUCUACAACUACCACAUUCCAGAGGGUACCAUGGUCCUGCCUCUGCUGUCCUCUGUGCUUGCUGAUCCCAAAUGGUUUAAAAACCCAGAUGAGUUUGACCCAGAGAACUUCCUGGAUGAAAAUGGAGUCUUUAAGAAAAAUGAUGGAUUCUUUGCUUUUGGAGUGGGGAAGCGGGCUUGUCCUGGAGAGGCUCUGGCCAGAGUGGAGCUCUUUCUCUUCUUUACCUCGCUCCUGCAGCGCUUCACUUUCACCGGCAUCAAACCUCCAGAGGAGAUCAACAUCGAGCCAGUGUGCUCCAGCUUUGGCCGCAUGCCAGGUUCCUAUGAUUGCUACAUCAAACUCAGGACUGAGGAGUGACCCCUUUACUGUGGAGACGUCACAGGCUCAGCUUCACAGGCAGCUGCUUGUCAAUUUACAGUAACCAUAGCCUUACAUUUACCUCCUUUUUUCUUGUAGACAACUAUAUAAGCGUUAGUGAGUUGUAUGCAUCUUGCUAUUAUCCUCAGGUAGGAUCUCUAAGGUAUGGGUUGAUAUUUCAAGGCUACAUUCAUGUCUUUUAAAGCUUGUUUUUGGUCAGGUUUCAAGAAUUGCCUUCAGAGAUGUUGGUCACCAUAUCUCAAAUCAAAUCAAAUCAAAUGUAUUUAUAUAGCCCUUCGUACAUCAGCUGAUAUCUCAAAGUGCUGUACAGAAACCCAGCCUAAAACCCCAAACAGCAAGCAAUGCAGGUGUAGAAGCACUAUGCUACACUAUGCUGUAUAUCACACUCACCUACUUUGUACCCUUGUAAAAUAGGCCUGGAGGUUCAUAUUAAAUUCUCUAUUGAAACAUAGUGAAAGGACCAAAAGUUUCAGGUGUUAUAAUGUAAGCAACUGAAACUGGUUUUGUUUUGUAGGUUGCUACAUGGUUAGGACUGUACAUCUAUACAUGCAAAGCACUUAGGGGUACUGUACACUAUGUAUACUGUGGGGGUCACUAUGUUAUUCUGCCUUUGUUUUCAAUAUGAUUGAUAUAUUGUAACACAACAUUGGAUUGUAACUUUUGCUUCAACUAAUAAAUAGUACUGCGCACUUCAGCUAGAUUCAAACAAUAA